GAAAAGGGCUGAUGUAGGUGAUUGACUUGGCAGUUGCUACAAUCUGAUGGUUCGGCGGCACAGGAACUUACCCAUGAUCCACCAGAAAGAGAGGGACAAAGAAAUGCUUAUUUCUACUUUCUGGCAGAAAGCAGCUACGAUUAUUUGAAGAAUUUUGGUGAACAAGACUGAAGACUGAGCUCCUGUACAUAAACAGUGCUAAUGGAAACCAGCAGUAGUACAAGUAGCAGCAAUAGUAAUAGCAAUGGCGUGAUAGUUAAUACAGAAGAAAGGAGAAUCAGAAUAGAAAAUCCCUUUACUUUGAAGGUUGGUCAAGUAUUUACUGGCUUUGGCAUUGGCUGUGGGAUUGGAAUCGGUGUUGGCCGCCCUUUAAAUCUAGGUGCAAUACCUAUGCUAAAUCAAGUUAUGACUGCCACUAGAGGUGCAACGGAUGCAAUUUCUGGAGUUGGAAGACAUGUUAAUAAUUCUUUGAAAAAGGUGGGGGCAAAAGGCAUUGAAGCUGGUGUUGGAUGUGGUGUAGGUUUUGGACAUGGUUUUGGAGUCGGUCUUGCUGUGAAGCGCGGAGUGGUGGAGCGGAUUCAGUUGUAUUUAAUUCAAGCCACGUCAAAAUUAAUGAUGAAGUCUGGAAUGUCUCCCGGCUUAUCUAUUGGUCAAGGCAUCCUUCCACCAUCCUUGCAAGCUGGGAUGAAAACAGUCAGUGAAGCCUCUAUUCAGAACCCACUGGGAAUUGCCAAUCCACUUGAAGUGAAGGUUCCACAUACUUCUCAUCCAGACUUGACAAAUAGAAACACAAAUUCUCUCUCUUCUAAUGAAAAUGAUACUUCAAGAGCUAAUGUCGACUCUUCAGAUGCAUCAUAUAUCAGCCGGACAGAGAAGGUUAUUAGCAAUUUUCUGCAGAGUCCACUUGUGAAAGGUGAAGACGGUACAACAAAUGAGCUGUCUGAGCGUGUGGGAUCAGUGAACAACCUUCUUCAUAUGGUGUUGAAACACCAGCAAGCGAUUGAUGAGCUCAUGCAGGAAAAUGAAAAGCUACGCGAGAUACUGGUGAAAGACUUGAAAGUCUCGCCCAGUAAACUCCAAACCAGCUACUCUAGUGGAAGUAAGUUUCCAAAUACUGAAUGUUUCGAGUGCCGUAAAAAACAAAGGAGAAGACAAUGAUUGAAUACGAUAUCUUUCUCUUUUUACAUUUUUCUAUUAGAUGAAUGAAAAGAAUAUCUUACAUAUUUGUCUACAUCACCCAAGCAGAAAUCAAGAAGCUGACCUGCUCUUUUUGACCUUCGUGAAUUUGCAGCUUAUUUUUUGGUUGUUGUAUGAAAGCCUUUUGCUACAUGCAAUUAGGUAGCAUGUGGAUUAGCUUUACCAAAAUAUAUGUGUAGGAUGCUGCUGGAAACAGAUAUAACUAUUUUUUAAAAUUCUUUUUUGAUUUCCCAA